CAUUGGUCUGCGGAACGGCCCUUCCAGGAGCCAGUGGCUGGGAGCAGUGCUGGAGGAUCAAGGAAGCAGAGAUGGAUGGUGAGGCAGUCCGCUUCUGCACAGAUAACCAGUGUGUCUCCUUGCACCCCCGAGGGGUGGACUCUGUGGCAACGGCUUCUGCAGCCCCCAAGAUACCAAGGCUCAUUCAGGCUACUCCAGCAUUUAUGGCUGUGACCUUGGUCUUCUCUCUUGUGACUCUCUUUGUAGUGGUUCAACAGCACACAAGACCUGUGCCGAAGCCUGUGCAAGCCAUGAUUCUGGGAGACAACAUUACUGGGCAUUUACCUUUUGAACCCAACAAUCAUCACCACUUUGGCAGGGAGGCAGAAAUGCAAGAGCUUAUCCAGAUAUUAAAAGGCCACAUGGAGAAUUCCAGCGCCUGGGUAGCAGAGAUCCAGAUGUUGAGGUGCAGAGUGGACAAUGUCAAUUUGCAGCUCCAGGUGCUCGAUGAUCAUCUGGGAAACACCAGUGCUGACAUCCAGAUGGUAAAAGGAGUUCUAAAGGAUGCCACUACACUGAGUUUGCAGACCCAGAUGUUAAGGAGUUCCCUGGAGGGAACCAAUGCUGAGAUCCAGAGGCUCAAGGGAGGCCUGGAAAAGGCAGAUGCUUUAACUUUCCAGACCCAGAAUUUCUUAAAAAGCAGUUUAGAAAACACCAGCAUUGAGCUCCACAUGCUAAGCAGAGGCUUAGAAAAUGCAAACUCUGAAAUUCAGAUGUUGAAUGCCAGUUUGGAAAUGGCAAAUGCCCAGGCUCGGUUAGCCAAUAGCAGUUUAAAGAACGCUAAUGCUGAGAUCCAUGUUUCGAGAGGCCAUCUAGAUAGGGUCAAUGACUUGAGGACCCAGAGCCAGGUUUUAAGAAGUAGUUUGGAAGGAGCCAAUGCUGAGAUCCAGGGACUAAAGGAAAAUCUGCAGAACACAAAUGCUUUAAACUCCCAGACCCAGGCCUUUAUAAAAGGCAGUUUCGACAACACCAGUGCUGAGAUCCAGUUCCUAAGAGGCCAUUUGGAAAGGGCUGGUGAUGAAAUUCACAUGUUAAAAAGGGAUUUGGAAACGGUCACAGCCCAGACCCAAAAAGCAAAUGGCUGUCUGGACCAGACAGAUGCUCAGAUUCAGGUAUUCAAGGCAGAGAUGGCCAAUACCUUAAAUGCCCAGAUUCGGGUCUUAAAUGGUCAUAUGAAGAACGCCAGCAGAGAGAUGCAGACCCUAAAACAAGAAAUGAAGAAUGCUUCGACUUUAACUUCCCAGACCCAGAUGUUAGACAGCAAUCUGCAGAAGGCCAGUGCUGAGAUCCUGAGGUUAAGAGGGGAUCUAGAGAACACCAAAGCUCUAACCAUGGAAAUCCAGCAGGAGCAGAGUCGCCUGAAGACCCUCCACAAGGUCGUUGCUUCACAGGAACAGCUACAAAAAACCCAAAGUCAACUUCUCCAGAUGGUCCUGCAAGCCUGGAAGUUCAAUGGUGGAAGCUUAUAUUAUUUUUCUCGUGUCAAGAAGUCUUGGCAUGAGGCUGAGCAGUUCUGUGUGUCCCAGGGAGCCCACCUGGCAUCUGUGGCCUCCAAGGAGGAGCAGAUCAGAGCAUUUCUGGUAGAGGUCACAGGUAAAGCAUACUACUGGAUCGGUCUCACUGACAGGGGCACAGAGGGCUCCUGGCGCUGGACAGACGGGACACCAUUCAACGUCGCCCAGAACAAAACGCCUGGUUCCAAGGGAUCCUGCCCCCUCAGAAGGCAUAUUAGUGUGAAUUCUGGGGUGGGAGCUUGCAGCUUCAUAGACACCCCUCCCUGUCCCUGGAUCCUCAGUAACUAA